UUCAACUUUCAUUCAGACCCGAAAAUGAACCUGAUUUCAACUUCCGGAAAAUACAUAUUUUUCAACAYCCGGAAAAGAUGCCUUUUCAAUGUCCUGGAAAUAUUUAUUUUAAACAUACAKAAAAUACAUUUUCAUCUUUCAUUCAGAACCUAAAUUGAACCUAACUUCAACGUCUGGAAAAUACGUCCUUYGGACGUMAUUUUGCUUACUGGAACUAUUCUAGUUUUGCAGGGGAACGCCAUUUUUUUUUAUCUUGCCUAAGGCGGCAGAAUGGCAAGGACCGGCCCUGCAUCUACCCCCUUACUAUCAGUGUUACUAUCAACUCAUAGUGCAGCCCAAUCAGCCACGCAAAACAGCGUUGAGUGGCAGCAAAUCUGUCCAAUUAGCUGAGUCGCUUUCCAUACACCCACUCCUUUCGAAACACCCACUCGCACAAACUCCGGUCGCCAUAUUGAGUUGCAGCUACCCAUACUUGAGUUAGUGCCUACAAAAAGACGCCAUUACUAUUUCUCUCCAUGGGCGUAGUCCUUCKUCCAAACAUAAUGGCCCUAAAACUACAUCUCCCAUGGCGCACAACUGUAGACCUGAAACUGUAUUCCUCAUAAUCGAUGAUCUCAACUUAGUUUCCUCUCUAGUGGCAUGAAGUAGGCUAGCUGGGGGAAGAUAGGUACCGGGGCUAUGGAGCGAGCUGAAAAUACUAUCUGAUAACGGUAUCCGCUGAUAGACCGCUGAACUUUGUGUUCACAUCAUAAAGUUGAGAACCCGAAGAGAGAGACAAAAACAGCCAUGCAGUUCAAAUACAGAAGGCACUGAUUUAUUUUUAUAUGCUUUUCUGUUGUMCUUCAAGUGCUGGCCAAGAUGUCUGUGGAGGAACAGGAAUAUCCAGAGGCGACUCUGGUUGCAGAGGCCGGGCCGCAGUGGUUUCGGGCGGAAUUAGAACGCCUAUCCCGGGAGUUGAGCGAGACGACUCAUGAGAAGAUCCAGGCGGCGGAAUACGGGCUUGCGGUGCUCGAAGAGAAACAACUACUCAAACAGCGGUAUGAUGAGUUGGAGACUGAGUUCGAGACCGUUCGGCAGGAACUCGACCAGCUGAAGGAGGCGUUUGGUCAGGCCUACUCCACCCAUAGGAAGGUGGCUGCAGAUGGGGAGAGCAGGGAGGAGUCACUGAUGUUGGAGUCAGCCAGUAAGGAGGCCCAAUAUCACCAGAUGGUCCUGGAGCUGCAGAAUGACCUGCGGUUGGCCAGAACCGACCUCACUAGCACCCAAUCAGAGAACGAGCGCCUGGCUGCCGUCGCCCUGGAGAUGAGAGAGAGCUCUGAGCAGGUAGAGUUGCAGCGCACCCAAMUGCGUGAUGACAUCAGAGAGUAUAAAGUGCGGGAGGCACGUCUGCUGCAGGACUACAGUGAGCUGGAAGAUGAGAACAUCUCCCUGCAGAAACAGGUGUCCCUGCUACGACAGAGCCAGGUGGAGUUUGAGGGUCUGAAGCAUGAGAUCUGUCGCCUGGAGGAAGACUCCCUGUGCCUCCACAGCCAGCAGGAGGAGGCCAUGCGCCUGAGGGAGAUCGCCGAGCGCCAGCUGACCGAGGCUCUGGAGACCAUUAAGACUGAGCGCGAGCAGAAGGCCGCCCUGCGUAAAGAACUGUCCCACCACAUGACCAUUGGGGACAACCUGUUACCAUACUAUCACAGUUCCCUCAACGUCUCCCUGGACGGACUCAAGUUCAGCGAGGAUCCCACUGCUGCCACCAACGAGCCGAACCACGAUGACUCGUUCCGCGGCUACGAGAACGGCCUGGCCAAGAUGGCCGCCGACGGCAACGAAGAUAACAAAGCCAAACUUCGGCCCGCCCCCAGCCUAGUGGAUGACCUGCUGAGUGAACUCAACAUCUCAGAGAUCCAGAAACUCAAGCAGCAGCUCAUGCAGGUGGAGCGAGAGAAGGCGGCGCUCCUCUCCUCUCUGCAGGAGUCCCAGAAGCAGCUGGAGGUGGCCCACGGGACUCUGUCAGAGCAGCAGGAGACGGUGGGACGCCUCACUGAGAACCUCAGUGCCAUGAGGAAACUCCAGGCCAGCAAGGAGCGCCACUCGGCCCUGGACAGCGAGAAAGAGCGAGACAGCCGCGAUGACGGUGACGGGGACUACUACGAGUUGGACAUCAACGGGCCUGAGAUCCUGCAGUGUAAGUACACCAUCGCCGUAUCMGAAGCCGGGGAGCUCAGACAGGAGCUGAAGACACUUAAAGCCGAGUACCAGUCGUGCCGCAGCCAGUACGAAGAAGAGCGAGUCCGCCUGGAGAGCGACGUGGCAGGGCUGAGCGAAAAGCUGGCCUCCCUGGAGAAGAGCAGCCGGGAGGAGCACGAGGAGGUGACGAGACUGGAGAAGGAUCUGCGGCGAGUGAGUGAAGCGGUUGGCGAGUCGCAGGGAAGCCUGAACGUGGCGCAGGACGAACUGGUGACGUUCAGCGAGGAGCUGGCCAACCUCUAUAACCACGUGUGCAUGUGCAACAACGAGACGCCCAGCCGGGUCAUGCUYGACUACUAUAAGGAAGGCAAGGCCAGUAUAGGGGGCAGGGGCAGCCGAGAGGGGAAGACACAACAUCUGUCCCAUGUUCUGCUCUCCAAUGGGCUGGUUCCUGAAACUGAAUCCAAUAAAUCUGAAGCCAGUGACCCAGCCACCCCAGAGUCCCGUUCAGAGCCCAUGAACAUCUAUAACCUAGUUGCCAUCAUCAGGGACCAGAUCCGUCACCUGCAGCAGGCGGUGGACCGCACCACAGAGCUGAGCCGCCAGAGGAUGGCCUCCAUGGAGCUGGGUACUGUGACCGAUAAGGACAAGGAGGCCUGCAUGGGGGAAAUCCUCAAACUCAAGUCUCUGCUCAGCACCAAGAGAGAGCAGAUCGCCACCCUGAGGGCCGUGCUCAAGGCCAACAAACAGACGGCUGAGGUGGCGCUGGCCAACCUGAAGAGUAAAUACGACAACGAGAAGACCAUGGUGACCGAGACCAUGUUGAAGCUCCGCAAUGAGCUCAAGGGCCUGAAAGAGGAUGCUGCCACCUUCACCUCAUUACGGGCCAUGUUUGCUACAAGGUGUGACGAGUAUGUGACCCAGCUGGAUGACAUGCAGAGGCAGCUGGCUGCAGCGGAGGAUGAGAAGAAGACCCUGAACUCCCUGCUCCGCAUGGCCAUCCAGCAGAAGCUGGCCCUGACYCAGCGACUGGAGGACCUAGAGUUUGACCACGAACAGGCGCGCCGCGGCGGGGGAGUGGCGGCGGGCGGGCGGGGGAAAACCUCCUCAUUGGCGCGGGGCAAAAGGGCAUCGGCCAAUCAUUAUUAAUUGAAUCAAGCCAGUGGCCCCUUCAAAGGUUGACAGUCACCUUGCCGAUGAUUAAUUCAGUACCCCCCCCCCCCCGUGCCUGAGACCCAUGUCAGAGACACACUGCUGUAAUGCGAGGACUUUGAUAUCUGAGUGCAAACACACACCAGAGUAUGUGAGCGAGUUGAGCGGUCAGAGAUCCCACUCAUUGCUCACGGAGCAGUCUUCUGCCACUCCAAAUUCGCUCCACUCGUUUUCUGUUUAAAAAUAUGAUUUAACAAACACCCCAUCUACUUUUGUGACUAUGUACUCAUAUCAAGAUCUCUUUGCAUUAGUGGUGGGGUAGGCUAAAUAAAUACAACAGAAUACGCAUAAUUAAAAGAACAUAAUGAAGGAAAUGAAAAAUGCUGGCCAGAGCAUGCCCAGAGAUCGUGGCUGAGCGGUACCGGAGCGAAAAUGAAGCGGAUAGAAGGCCGCCACUCCAACGUUUUAGAAAUUUGCUCCAUGCACAAGCCAAAUGAAGCACGCUCCACUUCAGCUCCACUCUGCUCACGUCCUCUGACACCACACACACACACACACACACACACACACACACACACACACACACACACACACACACACACACCACACACACACACACACACAUUCUCCAGGCCCCUACAGACACACAUGAAACCCCAGGGUGUUUUGUCCCUCUGUGCGGCUACAGUAAACAAGAAAGUCUCCUCGGUAUGAUGACCAAUAGAGGUCUAUUUCUAUGGGUAUGACCCGCAUUUGUGAUCCAGUCACUCACUCCACAUUGUCCACCUCUAUACUAUUAUAACUCUUUGUGUCUUUCCCCCGACUAUAGCCGACUCCAACUCAACGCCACGAUUUACGAUGGAGUUGAGUGGCGACUAGUGUUGKCGAACUGGAGCGCCAACGUCACAUAAAAACCCACUGUCGCGUGUAAUUACGGGCUAUGUUUUGGGUGCUGUAAUCAUUUUAUGUGAUAGUCGCCGCUCAACUCCAUCGKAAAUCAUGGAGUUGAGUUUAAUCGGCUACCCGGAUGACUGCGCCCUUUUAAUGUAUUUAUUUAUCUUUUAUUGCUUGUUGUAACUCAGUGAACGUGUGAGGUGUUCAUAAGCUUUUUGUUGCAUUUAAUAAUUGUUGAUAAUUGGAGCAUUCAUAAUAGAAUUUCCAUGGAGAGCAAACCUGUGUUGAUUUAUAUUUAUUUGUAGAGAAAGAUCAGAGGCAGGAAAGUCAUAGGAACUAAAGUGACUUGCUACAGUUCUCCCUGGGGUCAAUAUUCAGUGGGACUCCCAGGCUAAUGUAAGUUCUGCAAGAACAUGGAUGGAAAUCUUGAUUGGAAUGAGUCCUUUCUCUCUCUUGUUUUAAAUCUUGUCUCAUGUAUUUAGAUGUUUUAUUUAACCUUUAUUUAUCMAGGCGAGUCAAUUAAGAACAAAUGAUUCUUUACAAUGACCGCCUGGCAAAUUUUUAUAAUGUGCUUCAAAAAAGUUAACCAGGAUGUUCAAGAAGGCUUUUUUUCCGCCUUAUUCUUCUACCUUCUGGUCUUAGUUUUGACUAGUAGUGCCUUUCUGUCCACAAAAGAGAAGCUAGAUUUYGUUUUUUAUGUUUUCAAUGUCUUUGAGAAGGAAUUUGGGUGAGAGGUUUUGACCCCAGUCAUUACAGAUUGAGGAAAAUAACAGGAACUGUGGUGAAUUCUUUGAAGUGAUUCUGUGAUCCUCCAAACGUGCAGAAUUGCAAAUUUAGGGUGCUAUUAUUAUAAAGAAAAAACGUAUUUUAAACGUUUCGAUACUAUAACUGUUAACUUUGKCUGCCGAGUUAGUGGUUCGAGGCAUUUACAACAGUGGCUGAUUGAGAGAUUACUAAUGCACAUUCUUAUUUAUACUCUAGCGUGUAUGGCAAAGGUCAGGCAAUGUCAAUAUAGAAUUGACAAGUAUGGAGRAUCAUUUCUUUGUCUGUUUUAAUGCAAUUUUAUUAGCCCUUUGUAUGUCCUCUAAUAGAGUUGUUGUGACUUCAGCAAACAGAAGAAGUAAAGUCAUCACCUUCUGCAGUGCCAUUUAAUUCACAGCUUUGUUGAUGCAAUAAAAGUUACAUUUAUGUUUUUGUUUUUUUCACAAGUGCAAUUUAAACGCAGUAUCAAUAUGGAAAUAAGGUAUAAAAAUGCCGUCUGUUUGCUGAUGCUAUUGUUAUGUUUUACUACUUACUCACAAUCUUGAUCCAAUUUGAGUUUAUCUUUGUACUAAAUAACUUGUUUGUAUUUAUUUUAAACAAUGUCAUGUAUGUUGGUAUUGUCAAUAAUGUGGAUUAUGAUUAGUGGCAUAUUGAUACCAUAUUGAUGUCAUUUUCCAUGUUAUCUUCAAGGGACUUUGGGUGGAGCUGGUGGUCGUGUUCCACUGCUUGGUUCGUUGCAUGCCAUGUCAUCGACUGACAGAUUGCUAUAACAUAAUGAUGUGGUUAGCUGMUAGGUAAAAUACCUAUCCAGGCGUUGUAAGAUCUGGCAACGUCUAAGCAGUGGAACGCUCAAUAGAAGCCAGUAGCCUACUUACCUAUGUGAUGAUGAUGAUGUUGCACUGGCAAGGUGCAUGCUUAAUAGUAUAAACUUAACUUCAGACUUAAUGUGGUGGUGUUGGGGUUAUUAAAACAUAUAUAUUGAUCCUA